AUGUGUGCAGCUCUAUCACCAACACCACCAAAUUCAUCAACAGAUUCAUCACUUUCACAUUCUGAUCACCAAACAACUGAUGAAAAAAAUGGUUCUAUUGAUAAUAAUAAUAAUAAUAAUAAUAACAAUAAUAAAUUUCAACAGCCAGCAUUUCUUCGUUCAUUCGAAGCUGAAUUAGAUAAAGUAGAUGAAUAUUUUCAGACAAAAGCACCUGAUGUUCGUCAAGCUAUACUUGAUAGUUUACAACGUAUGUAUAAUCAGAAUGAAUGGCAUGAUAAUCCAUUAACAAUUAUUUGUCGCGAUCUUGAAAUUCAUGUACCGACACCUGAACAAUUAAUGGAAUUAAAAGCAACACGUGAUGCAUUAAAAGCUGAAUAUGAUGCUUUACGUCAGUCAGUGAACAAUUGAUUUUGUAUUAUUAUUAUUUAUUGGUUUUUUUUUUUGUCGCAAAAUAUUCAACAAUCAUUUGUUUCUUCUAGUCGAAAAGAUAAAUAAAAAAAAAGAAAUAGAUAAACCGAUUUGUUUGUUUUUUGUUCUCGGUCUUAAAAUUUUUUUGUUCUUUGUGCUCUAUUUUUUUUUUGGUAUCGAUCUAUUUUGUGCCUUUAUUCUCUCAGGAACUUGUCAUUCUUUGGUGUGUGCGUGUAUAUAACUUUUCUUUGGUCAUUUCAUUUCUUUUUUUUUGUCUUUUUGUUUUUGAUAAAUAGAAACAGACUUACGAGU